UGCCUUCUUCCAAAUAAAUGAACAGCGAAGACAACCCUAAAAAUAAAUCAUUUUUAUCCAAAUUUGAGAGAAUCCAAACAUGGCAACAUUCAUAUAUAACAAGAGACAUCAAGACUUCGUGAUCCUCCCUCAAAUUCUCUUGUCAUGCACCAUCAUUUUCCUGGGAAAGGUCUGAUCUUUCUUUCAGAUUCAUUUCACCCAGGCAGGGUUUGGAUCUGAAAGGAUCGUUUGAAGAGACAAGAUCAAUCUUUCCUUGGCGAUUUCAUUGAAAGGGUUUGUUUGUUUUGUCUGAGAAUCAAGAUCACAAAAGGAAAGAUCAAGAUAAAAAAGAAGAAGAAGAUGAUGAAGCUUUGUCCUUGUUUCAGCAAUCCACAACAACUCGGAGCUAACUCUCCUAGAGAUUCAUUUGAUGAAGGUCUUACAGGUUAUAGAGGCCAUAGUAGCAAGCUUUUUGCUCUCUUCACCUUUCGUUCACGUGGAAAAGGAAGCUCUAGGCAGAAGUACAUAACGGACGAGAUAAAGAAAUAUGGUAACGUGAAAUCAAGCGGCAAAAUCUUCAAGUUCAAGGAACUAAUAGCUGCAACAGACAAUUUCAGCAUGGAAUGUAUGAUUGGUGAAGGCGGCUUUGGAAGAGUCUACAAAGGCUUUCUCACCAGCCUCAAUCAGGUGGUGGCUGUAAAGAGGCUUGACCGGAAUGGGUUGCAAGGAACAAGAGAGUUUUUUGCGGAAGUGAUGGUAUUGAGUCUUGCUCAACAUCAAAACCUUGUCAAUCUCAUUGGCUAUUGUGUUGAAGACGACCAGCGAGUCCUCGUUUAUGAAUUCAUGCCUAAUGGAUCUUUGGAAGAUCAUUUAUUCGACUUGCCGGAAGGGGCACCAAGUCUAGACUGGUUCACGAGAAUGAAGAUAGUGCACGGUGCAGCUAAAGGGCUCGAGUACUUGCAUGACUACGCAGAUCCUCCUGUGAUCUACCGCGAUUUCAAAGCUUCAAACAUAUUGCUGCAAUCGGAUUUCAACUCGAAGCUAUCUGAUUUCGGACUAGCUAGGCUUGGACCAACUGAAGGCAAAGAUCAUGUGUCCACUAGAGUCAUGGGAACAUACGGAUACUGUGCUCCUGAAUACGCGAUGACCGGUCAACUCACUGCUAAAUCUGAUGUCUAUAGUUUUGGCGUUGUCCUCCUUGAGGUUAUAUCUGGGAGACGAACUAUUGAUGGGGAUAGACCAACCGAAGAACAAAACUUGAUCUCCUGGGCGGAGCCAUUGUUGAAAGAUAGGAGAAUGUUUACAAGGAUUGUGGAUCCGAAUCUAAAAGGGAAUUACCCAUUAAAAGGAUUGCAUCAGGCUCUAGCUAUCGCAACAAUGUGUUUGCAAGAAGAAGCAGAGACUAGGCCAUUCAUGGGAGAUGUGGUCACAGCACUUGAGUUCUUGGCUAAGCCGAUAGAGGUUGUUGAUGAUACUAAUAAUACUGACACUACUACUCCUGCUCCUGUUUCCGACGCUCAGAAAUCAGCAUCUGAUUCAUGACAAGACCUAUUUCAAUCUUUUCUAAUCAUUUCCUUUUCUUUUUGUUUUCUUUUAACGUAAAUCCCAAGAAAAUAAUUAGGGCUAGAGUUUGAUGUGAAUUGGAUGCAAACAAAACAACUAUUUGUAAUGUGGUGUAAUAUGGCAUUGAAGGAGAUCGCAUAAUGUGGUUUACCAUAUUAAUCUCAUACUAUUUUUUUUU